AUGUCUGCUGUACGGCCCCUACGACGAGGUCUUCACCUCCUUGGAUCGAAAUCCAUUGUGCGAACAGUCCCUGUUGGCGUCAAUGGCACAUUGACUGCCAUCCCGCGCGGGCUUGUUUCUCCGCAGGCCCGCUGCGCUCUCCGCUCUCCAAUUUCUGGACGUUCUGUUGCGCUCCCAGCCAACAAUGGCGUGAGAUACGCCUCAACCGCGGUGCCGUUUGGCUCGCUGCGAAAGACACAGCUCUAUGACUUGCACCUUGAAAAGGGCGCCAAAAUGGUCCCCUUUGCGGGGUUCGCCAUGCCCCUCCAGUACUCCGAUCUUAGCCAUGUUGAGAGCCACCACUGGACGAGAGAAAAGGCGAGCUUGUUUGAUGUGAGCCAUAUGGUCCAGCACAAGCUCAGCGGACCAGGGGCCCUUGACCUCCUCAUGAAGGUCACCCCCUCAUCCCUCGACAAGCUCCAAGACAACACAUCCACCCUCUCAUGCCUCCUUGAGCCCUACACCGGCGGUAUCGUCGACGAUACCGUCAUCACCCGCCUAUCCAAGGACACCUUCUACUUCGUCACAAACGCCGGUCGCCGCGACGAGGACCUCGCCUUCCUACAAGCCGAAAUCGACAUCUUCAAGUCCGCCAACCCGGGCAAGCACCUCACCUGGGAAAUCCUCGAAGACCGCGCUCUCAUCGCCCUCCAAGGCCCCGAGGCCUCCGCCGCCCUGCAACCUCUCAUCAAGGGCGCGGGCUCCGAUCCCGCCGCAGACCUCUCAACCCUCUACUUCGGCAACUGCCGCUACCUCCACCUCAACCUCCCCGUCGCCUCUGAAGAACCUCUCCUAAUAUCCCGAACGGGGUACACAGGCGAAGACGGCUUCGAAAUCUCCAUCCCAGCCUCCCUCGCAACAACCGUAACAACCACCCUCCUCGAGAACCCCUCCGUCCGCCUCGCCGGCCUCGCAGCCCGCGACUCCCUCCGCCUCGAGGCCGGAAUGUGCCUCUACGGCCACGACAUCUCCACCUCCCAGACUCCCCCCUCCGCUGGCCUCGGCUGGAUAGUCGGCAAGGACCGCCGCGACCCAGCUUCCCCGACAUCACGCUUCAACGGCGCCGAGACGAUCCUCCCGCAACUCGCGUCUCCCGCGACAACCCUCUCGCAGCGCCGUGUAGGAUUCACGGUUGAAAAGGGCUCGCCUGCCCGUGAGGGCGCGAUUAUCGUUGAUAUCAACGACGAGUCCAAGACGCAGAUUGGGGUCGUGACCUCGGGAUUGCCGAGUCCGUCGCUUGGUGGUACGAAUAUCGCCAUGGGGUAUAUUAAGCAGGGGUUGCAUAAGAAGGGGACGGAGGUGGGGAUCCUGGUACGGAAUAAGGUGCGCAAGGCGACUGUUACGGCCAUGCCGUUCAUUGAGACUAAGUUCUAUCGGCCGCCGAAGGCGUGA